UCACACACUCCCGGUCAGCCGCCAAAGAGCAGAGCACGUGUACGGAGGGCUUCCAGUAGGUCUCAGUUCCACCAAGUCGUCGGGAGUCAAAUAUCAGUUGUAGUUUAUCAUUUAGGGAACGGGUGACCUACCAUCAGCUGAUACACUCAUAUUGAGCAGAAUAUCCUCGCAACAAUACCCAAUUCCAUUUCUUCUGCUGGGAAUUUGGCUGUGAUCCACAUCAGAUGAGCCGAAAAGGAUUGAAGACCCCAGCUGGGGCUCAUACUCCCCAACAAAUGUUGCUGACGCCAGGGGCAACCAGUUUACGUCCAAUUGUGACAGAAUAUGAUCCUAAGAAGAGGGCUGCAAGGACUGAACUUGCAGAUAUGGUGUUAACAAAGUAUAAGUGUGAGAAAAAUGGAGUUCCCAUCACGGCUGUUGCUGGAUCAACAACGCCCUUGGUUGAGAAACCAGCCCUCGAUGAAGAGGCAGGUUACAACCCAUUUGAACAUCGCAACCUGACGCACCCCACAAGUGAUAUGGACACUUUAAUCCAUCUACUUAAAGGUAGCUUAGGAUCUGGAAUUUUGGCCAUGCCAAUGGCCUUCAUGAAUGCUGGUCUGGCGUUCGGUGUGGUGGCUACCUUUGCAAUUGGAUUCAUCUGUACAUAUUGUGUACAUAUUCUGGUCAAAUGUUCGCAUGUAAUAUGCAGACGGAUACAAGUUCCAUCGCUAGGGUUUGCAGAAUUGGCUGAGGCAGCUUUCCUAGCAGGGCCGCAGGCGGUACAUAAAUUUUCAGGAUUGGCAAGGGCGCUGAUAAACUUGUUCCUUGUUGUGGAUCUGUUAGGCUGCUGUUGUGUGUACAUAGUAUUUGUUGCAACAAACAUUAAACAGGUUGUGGAUCAUUAUGCAGAUAGUAAGAUAGACUUAAGGCUCUACAUGGUAAUGCUGGCAUUACCACUCGUUCUUCUCAACAUGAUCCGUAAUCUGAAGUGGCUUGCACCAUUCUCCAUGAUCGCCAACUUGCUUAUGGCAACUGGUGUUGGCAUCACUUUUUACUAUGUGUUUAUCGAUCUUCCAAGUAUUGAUCACAGGCCUAAUUUCACUUCGCUUCAUCAGCUUCCACUCUUCUUUGGAACAGCCAUCUUCGCAUUGGAAGGAAUUGGAGUGGUGAUGCCUUUGGAAAACAACAUGAAGACCCCAUCCCAUUUCAUUGGCUGCCCUGGAGUUCUUAACAUUGGAAUGGCUAUAGUAGUGAUGCUGUACACUGGAGUAGGCUUCUUUGGUUUCCUUCAGUAUGGUGAUGACACAAAAGGAAGCAUAACUCUUAACCUUCCUGUCACUGAAGUCCUGGCACAGUCUGUCAAGGUGAUGAUUGCAGUUGCCAUCUUCCUUACAUAUGGACUGCAGUUCUAUGUACCAAUGGAAAUCAUUUGGAAGUCCAUUGGUCAUAGGUUUGGAGCACACAAAAUUGCAGCAGAGUAUGUUGUCAGGGCCCUUCUUGUAAUUGCAACAGUGGCCAUAGCAGUAGCAAUACCACAGUUGGGCCCAUUCAUUUCGUUAGUGGGUGCGGUCUGUUUGUCCACUCUCGGCCUCAUGUUCCCAGCCAUCAUCGAACUUGUUACAUAUUGGGAAUCACCAGGCAUGGGGUCAUGCUAUUGGCGACUGUGGAAGAACUUCUUCAUAAUCCUGUUUGGAAUCCUGGGCUUUAUCACAGGAACAAUAACAAGUAUUGAAGAGAUUGUAGCAGAAUUUGGGGGCACUGAAUGAAUUGCAGCAGCGAAAGAGAAGAGAAGAGAUGCAACAGAAAGGAGUAGUCCUGGAAGUCUGCUAAGCCACUGCUUUCUAGUUUAACUGGUUGCAUGUGUAGGGCUUUCAGUUCGGCAUGCAGGACUGUGGUAUUCUGCAUAGACUCAGGUUUUGCCUGCCAAAUGGAUCUGCUGACUAGUGUGUCCAGAACUUAGUAACAUCAUUACAACAUGAAUUUAACUAAAGAUAUGGCAUGCCUAACUGAUUAAAGAUUUUAGAGAUUGAAAUCUGAUGGUGAAGUUCAUUUAAAUCUUGUUGACAUGAGUUAGAGCACUCAGUAGUAUUGUUAUCUAAAGGAAUACACCUGAGAUGUGAGAGAAAGUAUCCUCGUCAAGCGAAGUAGACAUUUUAAGAAAGAUUAAUACAAAUUUGGAAGAAGAUUGGAAGCCUUCCAUUACCCUAGCAGUCUUUAUUUCUCUCUUCGGUUAUUGACGGUAAGAACAAAUUUAUCUAUAUAUUUAUAUUUAAGAAUGUGUGUUCCUUUAGACACGGUUUUUUAUGGACUUCUCUGUAUACACUUUCUGAACAUUCUUAAAUAGUUUGGACAUAGAGUAUGUGUUCCUUUGGAACGAUGUUCUAAUGUGAAUGUAGUUUUCCAUAUGAACUUUCUGAACACACCUGCUUAGUGUGGUGUGAGUCUUCAGAGACUAGUUCCAUGUGCUACUUGAAUGAACUAGUGUUCAUCAUGUAAAUAAUACAUGCCCUUGCCUUGUAGUGCUAAGUUUUAGUUAGCAAGGUUUCAUCACUGACUACAGCAAGGUAAUGCUUUGAUUCGCUACAAAGUAGUGGUGAAGAAGAUGCGGUUAUGGUAUUUCCUUGCUUCUCACAAGGAUGAUCCCAAUCAUAGCCAUUUAGUGAGGAUUUUUUCUCAGUGGUCAAGUUCCUGCAUUGAGAACUAGCAGUUGUGUUGUCAUAAAGGAGGCAGUGGUGCUAACUGAGGUAAGGUAUGACCACACUUGAGUUACUUGUAUGUUUAAAAUGACGAUAGAAAUUCUGAUUACAAAAUUACAGUAUCUACUGGUAAUGUCCAUUGUUUAACUAUUAUAAGUGGGUUAUUUUUUGUAAUAGAAUUCUAUACCAUGAUUGAAUUAAUUGUUUUAUAAAUGAAACAAGAAUGUUGCCAAACUCAAAAUAGUUAUGUUCCUUAUAUUGCCUAUAAGUGCCAUUUUUAUUCUGUAGAAAAAGCAAAUAUUGUGUACAUGAGCACAGAUGGCAUAGCGAUUUCAUUGUAAGACAGAUAUUUAAUCCCCACUUAAGUGGUUUAUGUACCCCAUGUUAACAACAAGAUGCUCAGUGUGGAAUACACGUGUGUACAAUGUACAUUACAUUGUGAGGAAGCUGGAUAUAUAUUGUUAUUUUUGUGAUGUUAGUGUCAACAGUUCUGUCUUUAGUACUAUUAAAGUUUUAAGCAUAAAAUUGUUCAUGAAUUAGAGGGAGGGAAUUUACAAAAAAAUAUCUGAUGUUGAUUGUGUCAGAGAUGUGCUACCAGCAUCCCGAAUCUUUUACUAAUAACAGAAUUCACUGUAUAUGUAUUUAAUUUUAGAAUGAAACACAGAUGUAAUUUUUAAUUUUAUUAAUUGUUUGCUUUUAAAUUUAAUUUGUGCUUCUUUAUUACCUUAUGUACAUUAAAAAAGUCCAUUUAUUAGAAUUUCUUAUGUGCUGAAAAUGGUGGGAUGCUAAAAAAUAAGCGGCAUGUAUUUCUUUGUUAAUUUCUCAGUUCUCUCUCUUCCUUGAACAAAUGAAAGAAGCUGGAAUCUGUUCAAACAGUAUGAGCAUGUCUUUCCUCUUUGACUUGAGCAAAUGUAAACCUAACCUAACAAUGUAACCAAAUCAAACCUAACCUGACCUUACCUACCCUAAUUGAAGCUAACAUAAUAAAACAGUUAUGGUUCAUGUCCAGAUGUUCAGCAUAUGUUAAUUUUUUUAUGUGCAGCUGUGCAAAUAAAAUGACCUUGAAUGCGA